ACUUCCGUUUACAGAGCAUCGUGCAUCCCUCAUCUUUUGGCUAGGGUCCAUGGGAUUUAGUAAAACUUGAUAAUGUUACUUAGAUCCUGUGAAGCAAGGGAAGACUUGUGAUAUUUUUUAUGAGGUUAUAACAUCUCUUGAUUCAAUACUUAGGAAAAUGAAUGAUUCAGGCUGUGAAGACACUGUCCCAACCAUGUCACAUGUAUGCAAGCUUCCUGAAGAAAGUGAUGCCUCUAUGAGAGCUAGACUUUUUACUAGUCUCAGCCAAAGCUUUCCUCAUAGCCAACUGUACAAGGCUCUACACGGGGGCGAAGAUGUAAUUCUAAAUGGUGGUGACAACACAGAUGAUGAUGAUGAUAGCUUGUAUGGAGAUCAUCUUUCUAACAGUUGCUUUGCAUCUUUGCGAAUGGAUCGCCGUGAUAGUGAUGACUUUGAUGAUGAUCUGCAGUCACUUGAAUGGCUUCAGAGUGAAGAUUUACUAAAAAAUAUUGGUGGAGAGAAGCUAGAUAAGGAUGAAGAUGAUAACGAGGAACAAAAAGAGAAUGAGGACAUAAAACCUGAGAUUGCUACCUUACAGCCACCCCCAGGAGCACAGCCUCACCUCCCUUACCUCCCCCAGAAGCACGUCAACAGUAAACCACCUUAUUCAUUCUCAUGUCUGAUAUUCAUGGCUGUUGAGGCAUCCCCACAGAAGCGGCUUCCAGUGAAGGAUAUAUACAACUGGAUCCUCACACAAUUUCCCUACUUCCAAAAUGCUCCCACUGGUUGGAAAAACUCAGUGCGUCACAAUCUAAGUUUAAAUAAAUGUUUCAAAAAGGUGGAAAAGGAUAAAGGACAGAGUAUUGGCAAAGGCUCGCUGUGGUGCAUUGAUCCAGCUUAUAGACCAAAUCUUCUCCAAGCCUUGCGUAAAACACCCUAUCACCCAUAUCACCAGCUGCAGAUGACUUCCACUCAACCACAAAACUUCAUGCAAUACCAGAGUCUUCCAACAACUUAUCGUCCCAUUCUUCCAUUAACUCAAAGGCCAGUGCCAAAUACAGUAUCACCACAUCUUUUCCCAUUUUUGAGUCGCCGUCUUGCCCAAACUUCUUUUGACGUAGACAAUGAAAUGAAAGAUGUUGCUCAGACACUAGUGGCAUUGAAAAGCUCAUAUAAACCAGGGGCUCCUGAUGGCUCACCAGGUGGAGAUACUGGAUUAACAUGGAAGCAUAGGAAGCGCUCAUACAGCUAUAAUAACCCUCGAAGACGACCAUCCAGUCCAGUUACUGUCACAGAACACCCCUAUGAUGACCAUGCUUAUAGUUCUUCAAGACUAUUGGAUGAUGAUGAUGCAUCAUCACCCUCUUCCUCAUCUUCUAUUGAUGAAGAAUAUGAUUUUGGAGAUGCAGAUGAAGAGUGUGAAUCAGACUACCAGUCAGACAUGGAGUGGGAUACUGAUGACAAAGAUGAGGUAGAUGGAGACUUGAGCUCCACAAGUCGACCUAAAGCUGAUGGAGAAAAUUUAGUUGACAAAAUUAAGGAGGAGCCAAAUGAAGAUAGCGAAGAGGAUGAGCAGAAAAAGAUCCAUGAAGGGGCCAGUGCUUUACUCAACUUAGCUGGGUUGCUGUUAAAUAAUCGCAGCAGUGCCAGCAGCAGCAGUCCCGAGGCCGGGCUUGAAAAGAGAAAGCAUGACAAAAAGUCUGACAAGACAAAGAAACUAGAGAAGAAAAAAAUGGGCAAAAAGAGAGUAGAGAUGAAAGUUGUCAGUAAACAAGCAGACUCUGAUGUCUCGCAAAAAAGAAGUGUCAGCAAGAGGAAAAAUGCUGGUAGCAAUGGAAAAUAUGAUAAUGAAGAUUAUUCCUUGAUUAAAGUGAAUAGAACACCGACUAAAGGGAGGCCACCCAAGAUUAAACAAAAAGUCAUCAAAUCCUCUGCAAGCAAAGAAACACCAAAGCUCACAAGCAUAACAGCUAAAUCAAAAUCCUCCAUUAAACUUAGCACAAAUGAUAAGGUGAGCAAGAAACAUACAGAUAAAAAAUUAAAGUUAUCUAAAACAUUUGGAAUGUCUAAAAGGAAAUCAAGUGACAGUCUUUCUGAGAAGAAGAGUAGUGUCACACAAAAUAAAGCGCUGAAAAAUAAAAGUGAGAAAAAUACAAAGGAGAAAUCCCAAAAAUAUCCUGCCAAAGUUAAGAGAAAAAGUAAAACAGUAGACCAAGAUGAAAGCUCUGACAUCCUUCCUUCUGUAGACAAACAGGGAACAGAUAUCCAGCAGACAAAUGUUGAUAGUAAAACUAGUGGUAAAGAGGGUAGGGGCAAGUCAGCCAGUGACCGGCAGUUAAACAACCACACUGACAACUCAAGGGAUAAGGAUAGGAUGGAAACCAUGUCCACUAAGGAAGAAAUCAUUUCCCCUGCAGGGGAUGCACCAGUGAGUCGGGGAUCCAACAGUAUAAUAUCACAAGUCAAAAGCUUAUUACAGAAACCAAAAUUAAAUGAAACAAUCCAUAGUUCUGUUGAUGAUAACACUGGAAGUAGCAAGAGGAAUGGCAUUAGCAGUAAAAGUAAUUCUUCUGCCUUAAUACCUACCAUUCCUGGCUCCCACAGGAGUCCACAUUUUACACGCUUCUCAAAGAAAAAGGCUGAACUAUCAUAGCAACUAUAAUUAUUGUACAGAAAAUGUUUGUGGCUGUUUUUUUUUUGUUUAUAUUUUUUGUAACAACUUUAUUAAAUGUAACCUUUUUUUUUAAUAGUGAUAACUUAUAAGUGUAUUUAAAAUUUUUGAAACAGAUUGAAUGUUGAUCUAUAAACAGAAUCCUCAUAGUAACAAAAUCAGCUGGCUAACUUCAUGAAGUUUUAAUAAUGAAAUUCACCUUAAAAUGAACAUUCAAUUUUCUAUUAAAUAAUCUAUAUUACAAUUUAUUUUUAAGAAAUUUAGCUAAAUCAAUUUAAUUUAUGAGGAUUGCACAUAAUAUUGUCAUUAAAUGGCUUUUAAUUGCCAAUCAGAAAAUUACUUUUUUAACAUUCAGAAAUGCAAAUAUCAAAUUACAAAUAACAUUUAAUAUUUAGUUGGUCUUUAUUAUUUUUUUUACGUAAACAUAUACAAUGAAAUCAUCAUGUUGUUUACUUGUUACAUCAUUUUAGAACUUUAUAACAAAAAUAAGUAUUAGAUGACUACUGUGCCUUACUUGUCAUAUAUAAAUUAUACAUAAUUUGUGGGCUAUAUGAAUGUUUCAGACUGGCUGUAGUAAGACUGUAUGUGAAAUUAUAAUGCUGAAUGUGAAAAUGGUGCUAAGAUUAUGUUGUUUGAUGUAGGUGAUUCUUGUUUAAUUAUACCAUGUAUUUUAUGGUAAAUCUUGAUUCACUGUGGUUUCACUGAUCCACAUAUUGAAAUAUUUUCUUUGCUUGCACUUUAUAUUUUGCGCAAGAAGACAGCUUCUUGUUUAUUCUGUUGCUUUACAGUUGUGAAUAGAUUCCAUGGUUAGAUAGCUAAUGGCAAUAAUUUUGUUAUCAUUUAAAUAAAACAAGCAGCUAACAAUUCAAAACUCUCAUUUACUCCCUACAUCUGUUUUGUUUUUCUUUGCAAUGGUUUUAUUUUAAAUGAGUUUAUGAUAUACACCUUGCUUUUUUUUUCAAAGAAAGGGAAAAAAUACCAUAUAGUGUUCAAUAAAUGUUAUAAAGUCAAUAUUUUAUUGUUGUGACAUAAAGAAUCAUUUUCACAAAUCUUACCUUAAGUAGAAAGCCUUUAAUACUAUACAAAUAACAUGUAAAUGUGAAGACCAAAGUACUGUUGUUUACUAUAGAGAAAUGUAACACAAUAGAUUAAGAAAACUUAAAAGAACAAUAGUUCACUUGGAAUUAAAUUUAGCCUCUUUUUGCCUUACACAGUUAAAUGGCCAAGAUGUUAUAUGAAUAUUUCCACUACAAAAAUGUGUUCAUUUUUUUUGUCAUUGUUUUAUAAAAUGUUUAUUAUUUCUAGUCUAUUUAAAAGUUUAACUUGACUAGGGCUUUUGUUAUUGUGCAAGAGCCUUUGGUAAUAUCUUAUAAAAUAGUGCAUUAUGUCUCUUUUUUUUUUAACUAGUGUAUGAUUUCUCUUUGAAAGUGACUAAAGCUUGCCAUAUUAGGUAAUAAAGUUAAAUGUACAACGAAACAUUACUGCUACAGUAUUGACAUGUUCUCUCACCAAAUACUGUUAAAACCAUUAUCAAUAUAUCCUAGUGAUUUGUUUCUUUGAUUUUGUCACAAUACUCUUGUAAAUAAACCACAGAAUUUACUUUGUAUUUGUACAUUACAUCAUAUUGGUGGGGGUAACCAAAUACAGGGUGAGGUAUUUUUUUAUCACCAUUAUCAAUUACACGGCCAUGCUAAUUGCUGAUUUCAAGGUGGUUUUUUUUCUCCUCCAUCAAUCUUUAUUGUUAUUUUUUGCUAUUGUGUGCAUUCAAGUUGUUGGUGAAGCAAGCAUUGAUGUACUUCAAAAAUGGGAUAUCUUAAAUGUGUACUGUACUUAUGAAUGGAUACUAGUAAGACCCUACAGUAAAAAGCAACCUAUUGACAGUGUUAGUCAAAUGUUGGUUUGUUGGCCUCCACAGCUCUGUCAGGAUUUAGUUACUUACCUCUUACUUUUUGCUCACUGUUUUGAUCUCAGACUUAAUUCUGUGGUGAUUUUUUAAAAUAAGAUAUUCUGUAGCAGAAGUCCUAGAAGGUUCUGUGGUUUUGUUGUACUAGGUUCCCAUUAAGUGUAUCCAUUAGAUCGUCUUUAACACCUGUGUAGCUAAACCAUCAGGGCUAAAGUGAACAGACUACUACUGUACAAUUUUGUCAUAAUCUUUAAACAAAUAGAGCUUCAUGUUAUAACCGGAAUAUUAUUCUUUUAAUACAAAAGAAAUAUAACUUUUCUUCAUAUAUGACAUGUUUCCAUUUUGUAUUGUAUUUUUAGUAGUGAUUAGUUCUGUGUAACCCUAGGUAGAUUAUAGUGUUUAUAGUCUUAACAUUUCAAACCAGUUAUUGAUGAUAAUGUAUCAUUUCUUUGCAGUAAGCCUUCCUUCAGUGUCUUCCAUAAUUUUUUUUAUAUAAGAUCAAGAUAAUCAUACAUUUAAAAUUAAAUACUCUAGCUGAUUUAGCAUUUAUAAAGUCUUAUUGCUUGUCUAUUAUUUCACUGUUCACUUUUUACCACCAAAUUAUUGAACCUUACUUUAUUCAAAUGUUUUUGCUUUAAUAGACAAACAAGGCAAUGGCUUUAAAAAGGGGGUACAGGACAAGAAGUUGUGCCCCACAUUUUCUGCAUUUAAAUUCUAUAUGAAAUGUUAAACAUACAUUUAAAAAAUAUUCAAUAUUAGCUAAUAGGAGAUGAAAAGCAACACUGAGGAAGACCAUAGAAGUCUUCAAACUUCUCAUGAAAAUUACUUAUGGUUAUUUCACUUGUUUUGGGCUUCUAUGCAAUUAUGAUAGUUAUUUAACUUUGGUUAAUAUAGUCUCUUCAGUGAAAAAUUUAGUAGUUUCUAGCUUUCAGUAAAUAAUAUAAUGGAAAUUUAUGUACCUUUGUUGUAUGUUUUCCAAUAAUUUAUGUGCUUACUACUUUCUAAAUAAAAGUAUUGUGUUCAGUUAAGAUUGUGCAAUAGGACUGAUUUGUCAGUUUAAUAGAACACAAUGUAAACAUGAGCUACUUGUCAAUUUCCUCUUUCAUUGUAAAUUUUGUACAAAUAAAUAAAGCUACUUUUUUUCCCUCA